AUGAAGGAGUAUCCUGUGAUUACGGUACCAAAGGGACAAUUUAUCGUUAUUGAUGGGUUUCUAGUUAAAUUAGGAGCAGAUGAAAAAGAAUCGAAUGAACUGUUCCUGAGGGACGCUAGAAAUUUACUUACAUUUGAAGGGUGGAAUAUUCUUAGAAAUUCAUACUAUCCAAAUGCACUGAUCAAAUUAAAAGAGAUAAGAUCUAAUUUCUAUUUGACUGAUAAUCAAUCGUUUUUAAAUUUAAUGAAAACUAAGAUAUCAGUAAUUUUCAUAAAGAACCAAGGUAGAUUUUACUGUCGACGGGUCGAUUCUAAUAAAUCAACACAUGAAGCACUCAGUAUAAAAGUUGGAGACAAGAGUCAAAGGAUAAAAUUCAUUGUUUUUGACAAACCAACCAAUAAGCUGGACUAUUCCACAGAUGAGCUAUACUUUCAACAAAAACAAGAUUUAGAGGAGAUUAAACCUAUUUUAUCCAAAAAUGCUCCUCCAAUGGUCGAAGUGGAUAACGAGAAUGCCAUCUUAAACAAUGUGAUUUUUGUAUCAGAGAACAAAUUGAACAAACUUAAGCGUUACCCCAUAAGAAGAGCUCAUUUACGCAAGAUUGAAAGACAAGAAAGUGAAAAAAGAUUAGCAACCCUAUGGGAACUAAAGGAGAGACUCUUGAGCAUUUGCUUCGAAAGCUGCUUUUGGCAGUUGGAAAGGUUGAAGUCGAAAUGCCAUCGUAAAGAUUUACAAAGUAAAUUUGAAGAUUGUAAGGAUCAGAUAAGAACUAAUUUAUUAGACAUUAACGAUGCAUAUUUUCCUUUACUCAUACGAGAGUGGUUUGCAACGUUCCCUCGGUUGGCAAACAUUAAUGAAAAUUACGGUAUCGUGGACAGAUUUGUGAUUAAUUUACCCACAAAAUGCAUAGUUGAUCCUGAAACUAUAGAAUGGUCUUUAGAGGAAAGAGAAUUUUUACAAAGUAAAAAUCUUAUGGAUUGGAACACGCUUAAACUCUCAAAAGGACCAAUUCCCAUCCGUAAUACCGUGCUAUUUGAACACGUCAAUUGGGAAACGAAGAGAUUUUUAAAAGAUUUCCAUGGCCAUAUAACUGUAUCCGAUGAUAGUAAUGUCAGUUCCCCAGACUCUAACUCGAUCAUAACUCGAUGCAUACUUAUCAAUCUCAAAGGAUUUGGUAUCAGAUACCUCUAUGAAAGCGUCGAUGAUAAAAGUGCCUUUUAUACACCUCAACUCCCACCUCAAAGUUUCAAACCCCCGAAAGACGUUGGUGAUAGAAAACACAACAAGCUUAUGAGAAACCUAAGCUUCUUCGUAAGCUACGGCGGUUUACGAACGUUAUACAUCAAAACCUUUGAACAGUUCAGGUCUAUGCACUCCAAAAAUCGCUAA